AUGCCGCAGGCUGCGCACACUCCGUCGGACGCGGCGUAUGACAUGCCCUUCGAGCCUUAUCCCGUGCAGAGGGACAUGAUGCAGGCAAUUACCACUUGCCUGCAAUCGUCCUCCCCGGUCAUUCCCGUGGCGGCGGUUGAAGUUCCCACCGGCUGCGGCAAGACACUGGCACUCUUGUCCAGCGUACUGCGCUAUCAGGCCACACUGGAGCUACUCGCCCCCCAUGAAUUGGAGGAAUACAUGCGGAAGCGACGAUGGAAACCCCCAGCGCCGCCGCCGCCGCCGCCAUCUUUGCUGAAUGGAGAGAGCCUGGCGAGAAAUGGGAGCUGCAUCAGUGACGACGCAGUGAAUAGUGAAGAGCAGUGGGGAGUGCCACAUGAAUUUUUUAAACAGUUUCGCACAAAACAUAGUAAGCGUCUUCGUGUUGAGAUGGAUGGAACACCGUGGAAGCUUCGCCAACAGCAUGAAACUCCCUGCUGCACUGUGUUCUACGUGACACGAACCCACUCUCAAGUGCGUCAGACCAUUGGUGAAUUGCGGAAACUGCGUAAUCUGCAUCGUCUUAAAAUGAACGUUCUGGGUAGUCGAGAACGGUACUGCAUUAAUAGCACCGUUUUGAAGGCUCGAGCAAACAAGACACUGCCGGUUGAGGGAAAUAACUUGGGUGAAGUUUGCGACAAACUUGUUUCCCUUGGUCAGUGUGAGGCUGUGCAUAAUUACGGACUUCUUGGCAGCCGAGCCAUCAGUUAUCCGCUCUGUCAGGGGCGCACGGAGAAGGUGUGGGACAUGGAGGACUUGGUCGCUGAGGGGGUGGCGACUCAGAGCUGUCCGUACUAUGCCGCUAGAGAUCUUGUCUUCUUUGCGUGUGUCAACUUCGCCACGUACCAAUAUCUCCUGGACCCACUUAUUCGCCAUGAAUGCAAGAUGGAGGCGGCAUUAAAGAAUCACUCCAUUGUUAUUAUUGAUGAGGCACACAAUGUACCGUCAGUUUGCCAAGACGCACUCUCAUUGGAGGUAACGCUUGAUGACCUGCGUCUUGUUGUGAGUGAAAUCGAACCACUUGUAACUCUGUCUGCGUCAAUGCCAACACUAAGUUAUCCUCGCGAGUUUAAAUUGACACACUGGACGUUGGCCCAGCUCUUUGCCCUUCUUUACGAUGUGUUCCAUGCCAUUGUGAAGUUUGUGGAGAGGCAGGAGUGGAGUGCUGAAAACGCCCACCAAGCAUCCCAGCGACGGUUCACCGAGGAAGCGGACGAGGAUGACAGGCACCGAGGUCCGACAUUGUCUGGCGAGGCUCUUGCUAAUAUCAUACAGCAUUGUAUUCUUGACCAUAUCCCCUUCGCCUUGAAAACUGGGGGUGUGAAUAAUAGAGGGACCUCCAACUGUUUAUCGAACGCCACGAUGGAUUCUACAGCCAUGUUCCGUCAGGUGUACGGUAUUGUCAUGUCCUUGGGGGUAACAUUUAAUCCGUUUCAGUUUUCCGUUUUCAGCUUGUCCAUAAUGAAGCGGUGGCUUUUGGUGAUACGUUUCAUGCUGCAGAAACCAUCGGCCUUUGCGGUGAGCAUUCGCGACGCCGCCUUAGAUGCAGUGUCGCAGGAACGAGUGAUGGGGCGAGGUCCAGCGCUGCGGAGGAGUGUGGGCUUUCGCUGCUUAGAUGGCAGUCUUGCCUUUCGCCACCUUCUGGCGGCUACCCAUCGUGUAGUGUUGGCGUCUGGGACAAUUGCGCCAUUUCACCAGCUUGGUCGUGAGCUUGGAAUUUCGCUUUCCAACAUGUUGACCUAUGAGGGGUCACACAUAGUGGGCGUACACCAGUACCGCUUAGCCGCACUCACACACACGGUUGAUGCUUCUCGACUGCAUUGUAACUAUGCAAAUUUUAGAGACACUUCCUUCAUUGACCGUCUAGUGUCCGUCGUCGUUGCACUCAUUGGGCAAGUAAGGCGGGGUGGAGUGCUUGUGUUCUUGCCGAACUAUGGAGUUAUGCAGUUGGUGGGAUCAAGACUCUCUUCCCACCUUCGUGGCGGAGCUGGACAACAAACGCGGGUAUUUACAGAGCCCAAGGAAGCAAUGGAAUUUCCUUCCAUGUUGGACGCAUUCCGCGCAGAGGCGAGUUGUGGCGCGGCCGUUCUCGUCUCCGUCUAUCGUGCGAAGGUGGGCGAGGGGAUGGACUUCGCGGACAACAUGACCCGGCUUGUUGUCUGUGUGGGCAUUCCCCUCCGGCCACUCAAGUCUUGGACGGUUGCGGCGCAGCGGCGGUACAGUGGCGAGGAAUGGUACAUUAUUGACGCCAUACGUGCAGUGAACCAAGCGCUGGGACGUUGUCUUCGCAAUGGUCGUGACUUCGGCGCGAUGGUGCUGUUGGAUGACCGAUUUGAGCAGGAGGCUUUUCAAAACCGCCUCCCAAAGUGGUGUGCUGGCAGUUUACAGGUGCACCACACACCUGCGUCCGUGGUGGAGGAGCUUGCCGCCUUCUUUCGUCUCAUGACUGUGCCAACUGCCGCGGAGAGAACACGGGCCCAGCAACGAGAGCAACAAAAGGAAGGAGCAGGAGGCUGUUGCACAGGAAAAUUGCCGGUGGCUAAUCCAUCUCAUUCUGUGGCACAGGUUGACCACGCACCCCGGGAGUUGCCUUCGUCUGGGGCGAAUAAACAGCAUUCACAGGUGGCAGCGCUGCUUCCUUUCUUUCUUGCUGCAACGAAAAAACGGCCUCGGAUCACCACAUGCACGCAUGAGUGGAGCUGCACCGCGGUGAAGCUUUUGUACGAAGGUCAUGACACAGUAGAAGAGGUGGCUGCCGCGGAACUUCGUGACACUUUGCACCUACUCGAAAAGGAGUAUCUGAAGUCACCUGUUAAAAAGUAG